UGCAAUCAGCCCGACGAAACUGCUGACGUUGGUCGUAGCUGCGCUGCGUCGUACAGAAAAGAACGGUCCCGGUAAAAUGGCUUCGAUAGGGUUGAGUGCACCUCGAACUUAUACAGCCACCGACUUCCUAAUUUUGCGCUGGCUUUGGAAUGUGGUAAAAGCAUCAAAGUUGCGCCAGAUGGUCCUGCGUUGGGUAUGGGUUGGCCUCGCGCUGGUACUGACUACGGAAAUACCAUCUCGAGGCUCAGCGAGCCAGAAUCCGGAAGGAAACAGCUCCGUCCCUCACUAUAUCGUCGAUGCGUUCAGGAGUGACGCAAAGCUUUGGGAGACGUAUCUUUUCUGGGGACAGUUGGCGGCGGCUUUGAUAUGGUUUUUCGUGGCUUGGCGUAAGAACCUACUUUUGACCGUGCUUUUCGUGGAACUAUUCAAACCACAUUGGCUCAUUACUUGCGUCUGCUACGGGAUCGCUUUCCUCAACCAUUUUUAUUCGAAACUUGCUCCGGUGCAAGCUGCAUUCUGGCUUCUAUGUGGCUUGCUAGCCUCGUUGAGCUCGAAACGAGCUCCGCCUUUUCCCAAGCUCCUACAGAUAGCAAUGACAACUGCAGCAGUAGUUACAGGAGUGGCAGUUGCGUGUGGUUGUGGGGACAAUCGCAUCGUGGACCGGGAUGGAACCGUCCUCCUAUUGGGCUUGUGCUUUACUUGGGACUCCUUCAAGAUAGUCGACACGUAUGGCCGUUUGAUUGCCGGAAGCCGAGGACGCACCCGUUGAACUGAGGGGUUUAGAUCCGCCAGAAAGAGGCAGGCACGUUUUCUGUGUUUCUAGAAUUACUCGAAUAUACCGAUGGCCAUUUGUA